GUGCAGGUGUGUCAGUCACGGAUUGGACAUGGACAGCGGCAGCGAGCAGCUGGGCGGAGCUGAUGACGAGGCGGCGUGCACGUCGGCCUCGGAGGGUCUGGAGGAGGGUGAGGUGGAGGGCGAGACGCUGCUCAUUGUGGAGUCAGAGGACCAAGGCUCGGUAGACCUGUCACAUGACCAGAGCGGGGACUCGCUAACCAGCGAUGUGGGUGAGGAAGGUGACGGCGCCUGGGCCUGCGAGGACAUGGCGUUCUACUGUGACCGCUGCCACAAGUGGAUCCCCGCUGCUCAGCUUCGUGGCGAGCAGCCCAGUUACCUCAAAGGAGACAACUUCUUCAAGUUCAUCUGCUCUGACUGCUCAGAGGAUGGAAAGGAGAGCUUUGAGAGGAUGAGGCUCACCUGGCAACAGGUGGUGAUGUUGGCGAUGUACAACCUCUCUCUGGAGGGGACGGGUCGACAGGGAUACUUCAGGUGGAAGGAGGACAUCUGCGCCUUUAUCGGCCGCCACUGGAACUUCCUGCUAGGAACAAGGAAGAAGACGUCGACAUGGUGGAGCACUGUCGCUGGAUGUCUGUCUGUGGGGAGUCCCACCUUCUUCCGGUCUGGAGCGCAGGAGUUCGGCGAGCCUGGCUGGUGGAAGCUGGUUCAGAAUCGACCUCCAACCCUGCGUCCAGAGGCUGACAAGUCCACCACCAAGGCCAAAGCGUCCAAACCCACCGUGGACCCGAUCAUCACCGUAGAGGGUCUGAGGAAACGCGGCGCCCGGAACCCGGUGGAAAACGCCAUGCAGCUGAAGGAGAAGCGUUCGCGCACUCAGGAGGCCAAAGACAUCCGUCGGGCUCAGAAGGAGGCGGUGAGCGGUUACACUGACCGCAGUGCCUCCUCCACGCCUGUCAAACUGACUGGAAGCCGCGGCGUUGGAACCACUCGCCGUCCUGACCUGGUUCUGGAGAAAGGGGAAGUUAUAGACUUCUCCUCCCUCAGCUCCUCAGAUCGAACGCCACUCACUAGCCCCUCACCAUCGCCGUCACCUGACUUCUCUGCCCCGGGGACACCAGCCUCACACUCGGCCACACCCAGUCUUCUGUCAGAGGCUGAUCUGAUCCCUGACGCCAUGCCCCCACAGGCCCUGUUUCACGAUGACGAGGAGAUGGACACGGAGGGCAUGAUCGACCCAGGAAUGGAGUACAUACCUCCCCCGAAUGCCAACCUCGUUGCCCGUAAGAAGCUCCGCCCAGUGCCCCCGCACAUUAAACGUGAAGCUGAGAGCGAGGAUGAGGAAGGCUGCGAGCGUGAGGAUGACUUUGAGAAGCCGGUGGGUCAAGGUGAAGGUCCACCUCUGUUGGCUGGAGGCAGUUCAAGUCCUGAGCGGAGGAAGAUGGUUCACUGUGACAAAUCAGAAGGAGGCAGAGUCCCACAGACACCUCGCUUCACUGCCCUCAGCUUGUACGAGGAGAAGAUGCUCCUGCGGCGGCUGGAUGCCUGUCCUCUGGCACUUGCUGUCACCCCACAAGCCAAACGCCUCCACAGGAAGCUACUGGUCCGCCAGGCCAAGAGACAGAGAGGGCUCCCCCUGCUGGACAUCGACCGAGCCGUCAGUGCCGCCCUCAGCUUGGUGGGAGGGAUCUACUGUGCCCAGGAGGUGGGGCUACUGAUGGGAUGCGGAAUCACAGGGAAAUACCGUACCAACAGCCAGGAGCUGCGUGUCCUCGACCGAUUCCAGAAAAUGGAGCAAAAAAAGAGAAGCUAUGAGAAAUGGCCGACGACAACGUCCAUUCGACCCAUAUUCGUCUCCUACAAGACCAACGUGUCCAACAGAGGUGUCCAACAGCAGUCGGUGUCCUUCUGGCACCGCCUCAUGGGAGCAGAGGGAGGUUUGGACCAAAGUAUCAAGAGCCCAUAUACGGCCCGGAUUCUGAAGCCCUACAUUAGGAGGGAUUACGAAAGUCGACCAGUGAAACUGAGGCUGCUGGCGGAGAUCAGAUCGUACUCCCACAGGAAGGACCCAAACUGGGUCUGUGAAGCCGACGCCCCCAUCGACUACUGCUACGUCCGGCCCAAUCACAUCCCAUCGGUCAAUGCAAUGUGUCAUGACAGCUUCUGGCCAGGUGUGGACCUGUCCGAGUGUCUUCAGUAUCCUGACUUCAGCGUGGUCGUUCUCUAUAAGAAGGUGGUGAUCGGCUUCGGCUUCAUGGUCCCGGACGUCAAAUAUAAUGAGGCCUACAUCUCCUUCCUGUUGGUUCAUCCAGAGUGGAGGAGAGCAGGCAUCGGAACCUUCAUGAUCUACCACCUAAUCCAGACGUGUAUGGGCAAAGAUGUGACGCUCCAUGUGUCGGCAAGUAACCCCGCCAUGCUGCUCUAUCAGAAGUUUGGCUUCAAAGCUGAGGAGUACAUCCUGGACUUCUACGAUAAAUACUAUCCUGUGGAUAGCACAGAGUGCAGACAUGCCUUCUUCCUCCGACUGCGACGCUAAACUGCUGUUGCCUCGUGGCCUCCGCUGCAGGACCAUCCCGGAUCCAGACAUAACCGCUCAACGGCAGGUCAGGACUGUCAGCGGUACCAGCUCGACCCAUCUGAUGGUGUUCGGUGCCCGGUCCUGGAGGUGAUAGAAUUGUGAUAUUUUCAGCACUGGUUCCUAGUCAGUUCUCUUUUCAAGUCAUCUUUGUUGAAUCCAUUUUAAAAGAAUGUGAGAUUAAACGUGUUAACCUCUA